GGAUCUUUCACUGGCGGGAAAAAAGCCCUGCUUAUCUCGUGUUUCAGACUGCUGACUGAAGCAGCCCCUCCUAUUGGAGUUAUUACAUUUUCUUAAUGAGAAAGUAGCAGACGUUUGACCUCAUCCUAUUUCAGGUAACGUCAGAAACUCGUAACGGCUUUUGCAUAUGUUUCUCUCAAAUUGAGUUUUAUUAGUGACGGGUGGACAGAAAUCUCCAUGCCGUGAAUUGCGCAUUUUACUUCAGUGGAAUAUCCGAACGAACCGGUGAGCGUUUUUUCUUGUCUUGAAUAAAGUUAAGAAUUGAUCACAUGGUACCAAGCGUACAUUGGUGUUACUGGAUAACCCGGUCCGGUUCUCCUUCCCCUUCCAACACAGAGAGAAAGCGAAGAUGAAACGCUGUUGUUUUAAAGAUAUUUCCUCAAUCUAAGUUGUGCUUGUGAAAUUAAAUGCUUGGAAUAAACUCACUAGCACCCCGCUGUGAAAGUCGGGAGAUGGAGUAUGAUCUCUAUCAGCACUACUUCUACGAUGGCCUCGACACGGAGGAGGAUUUGUACAAAUCCACCGCACCGAGCGAGGAUAUGUGGAAGAAGUUCGAGCUGGUGCCCACCCCUCCCAUGUCUCCCACGCGGACUGCGAGCGGGGAUGGCAUGCACUUCUCCCCGGGAGACAAGCUGAGCUGGCUGUCCAAGGUCCUGGGUCAGGACGAAGACUGUGAGGGACUAAACAGACCCAACUCCCACGAACUGUUUGGAAACCUUAGUUCCAUUAUUAUCCAGGACUGUAUGUGGAGUAGUUUUUCCGCCAGUAAGCACUUGCUAAAGGUCAAUGAGCGUCUGGUGUCUGCUGGCCCGCUGCUUCUGCCCCCAGCCCCUCACAACUCCGACACUGCGAGCAAGCAAGUGCAGUGCGCCUCUGUUGACUCGUCACCAGCCAACACCUUGGUGACACACUGUGUUGACCCGGCGGCUGUUCUCACCUUCCCCGCCACCAGCUGCAGAAAACCGGCCUCUUCGGGAUCUGAAUCUCGCUCUGAUUCAUCCGACGACGAGGAGAUCGAUGUGGUGACUGUAGAGAGCAAGCAGAGUCGAAUGCGCUUGCUGAACGGUCGCAAGCCUGUGACCAUCACUGUCCGUGCAGACAUCUGCCCCAAGCGCUUCCACAUGUCGGUUCACCGCCAGCAGCACAACUAUGCCGCCCCGUCCCCCGACAGCGACGCAGAGCCCGAGGAGGAGGAACCCCGGAGCAAACGACCCUGUCUGGAGUCCAGCUACCCCCAGGCCUGCCCUACAGCCUCCUGCUCAGACAGCCCCCAGAGCUCCUCCUGCUCAGACAGCCCCCAGAGCUCCUCCUGCUCAGACAGCCCCCAGAGCUCCGACGCCGAGGACACAGAUCGCCGACGCAACCACAACUUCCUGGAGAGGAAGAGACGGAAUGACCUGCGCUCACGCUUCCUGGCCCUGCGCGACCAGAUCCCGGGCCUGGUGGAGUCGUCCAAGACGCCCAAGGUGGCCAUCCUGACCCAGGCUACAGAGUACCUGCUCCAGCUGCGUACCAGGGAGCGGCACCAGGCCCAGGAGAGGAAGCGGCUCCGCGCACGCAAACAACUGCUGCUCCGCAGGAUCACUGACCUCAAACGCUCCUGAAAGACCUGAACCGACUAUACAGACACAAACUGCCUCAUUCUUGGCUGAACACUUUUACAACUAAAGCAAACUGCCACUUUCUAAAAGCUAAGGACUAAAUAUUAAUGAUACGCCUCAUGUACAAAGCCAUGGACUUCUCCAUUAACAAAAUGCCUUAUUUGUAAAACUAUGGACUUCCUUCAUAAGGUGAAUUUUGUCCAAUGGGGAAAGCUGGAUGUUGCUUCUUUCUGUGUUUCAUGUGUUUCUCCCUUUGCACAUUAGCUCACAGUGAAUGUUGUUAUAAGGAUGUAGAACAACAUGUAGGUGAGGGAAAAUAACUUCCUGAGAUGCAUUUUUUCAGGUCUCGAUAGCUUGUCAGUCUGUGAAUACAUACAACUUUGUUUUCUCUUGAAAUGUCAGGCAUUUCAUCAUUGCACAAUUAAAUUAGUGACAUGAGUAGUCUUGCUGUGUAUAUAGGAAGUGAGUGACGUGAGAUUUUUCUUCACAUGAUUUAUUUUGGUGUACAAAUUGUUCUGUAAAUAAUAGCCUACUGCGCCCUGUGAAGGAGACAAAAUCAAAACUUGUGUAUAAACUUUGCUUUUCUCUGAAACUGGGAAGCAGGGAACAUCUAUUUUGUUUUGUUUUUAAAAAGGAAGGAAAAAACAUAAAGUAGCACUACUGUACUUUAUUGUCACAUGUCACUUUGUGAUGCUGUUUUCAAUGCUUGUUUGUCUUGGGGUGAUAUUAUGGAUACUUCGCCAGAAACAUUAAAUUUUGAUACAAUA